AUGAGCACUAAAGAGAAAACUAUGGGUUUUUGGAAGAAAAAGUCCGGAUUAGAGAAGAAGCUAAUCGUCGCCACUGUUGUCGUCACUCUCGUAGCCAUCGGUCUAUUGAUUGCCGUUAUUGUAGUCGCCGUCAAAAAACCCGACGAACCGGACGUUUGCGAUACUCCUGAGUGUCUAAUCGCAGCGUCAAACCUUCAGAUAUCACUGAAUUUAACGGCCGACCCGUGCCAUGACUUCUAUGAGUACGCGUGCGGCGGUUGGAUGGCUAAUAACGUGAUAUCUCCAGACAGAUCCCGAUGGUCUCAAUUCGAUGUCACCAGAAAGACAUUACUCGACAAACUUAGAGGACUUCUUGAGGCAACAUAUGAGGGAAACAAAUAUCCACAGAUUGUCACACAAGCGACACAACUCUAUAGUCAGUGUUUGAAUUCAAAAAAACGAGACACAGGUUUCCAAGAGCUCAAAGAAUUGGUUAAAGAGUGGCCAAUGAUUAACACAAACACCGAAAAUCCCAACUUCUUGUGGCACAAGUCUGUCGCCAAACUCAAUAGAGAGCACGGAUUUAGUUUCAUUUUAUCCAAUUAUGUCUAUUUGGACGCUAAGAAAACAAGCAUUUAUUCAAUAUAUGUGGACGCGCCAUCAUUUGGUGUCGGACGGGCACAACUGGUCAAACCUGAAGAGCCGGAUAACGUUAAGAUAUUGGACGCCUAUAAAGCUUUCAUCAAGGCUUCGGUCCAGUUGUUGGCCGACAGUCCAGACCGAGUCAGCCCAACCAUUGACGCCGACAUCAAUGCUAUCGUAAAGUUUGAGUCAGAUUUGGCCAAAUUGACGGCCGAAGCGGCCGAUCGUCGGAACCGAACCGAAUUAUACGGCGAUAAAACAGAUAUCGAGUCAUUUGUAAGCAAAUACAAUAUUCCUCUUCUGGAUAUCGAGACACAAGUGUUUGAAAACUACAAACCAAUUGAUGGAAAGACAGGUCUUAUAGUUUACGACAAAAAAUAUUUUGAAAGAUUGGCUAAUUUGUUGACCACAACUAUUAACACUAAUAAAAGAAUUUUGGCCAAUUAUAUCUCGUGGCGAACCGUCCGAUCGCUGGGCACUCACACCUCAAAAGCGUUCAGAGAUAUAGAGUUUGCGUUCAAUAAAGUGGUCACAGGAGUCGAAGAACCCAAAGCCCUGUGGGAGGAGUGCGUAGAUCUGGUCAACAAUCGGCUCCCUUUCGCCGUCGGAAGGGUUUAUGUGGACAACAACUUCUCAGAAGAGGCCAAACAAGACAUGAAUUCAUUGAUUGAUCUCUUGAACAAAGCUUUUGAACAAUUACUCGACGAUAACGAGUGGAUGCAAAAGGAGACUAAGGAUAAGGCCAGAGAAAAGUUGAAAGACAUGUUGCGAGCCAUCGCUUACCCUGAAUUCAUCAAAUCAGACAAUGAAUUAACGGAUUAUUAUAACGGAUUAACCAUAAAUCCGGAAAAAUCAUUUUUGGAUUCAAUUAAUGUAAACAAUUUAUGGGCGACGAGAAAAUCAUUGGAUAAAUUAGACAAACCAAACAACGAUCGUUCACUUCUAGAAUGGUCAACGGGUCCGGCAAUUGUGAACGCAUUCUUCAGCCCUAAUAUUAAUCGCAUCACAUUUCCUGCGGGAAUACUUCAGUCGCCUUUCUAUACAUAUGGACUUCCGAUGGCUUUAAAUAUGGGAGGCAUUGGAAUGGUCAUUGGACAUGAAAUUACACAUUCAUUUGACGACUCGGGCGCUCAAUACGAUAAGGAGGGGAAUCUAGAGAACUGGUGGGACGAAGAAACUCAAAACAAAUUUACUGAAAAAGUCAAAUGUUUUAUCAAUCAAUACAGCGGUUAUCACAUCGAAAGCAUCAAUAAAAAUGUCAACGGAAAGACAACAAUAGGCGAGAAUAUCGCAGAUAACGGAGGUUUAAGACAAGCUUUUAGAGUGUGGUGCACAAACAUUAGGGACCCGGCGCUAAUCAAUCAGAUAGAGAUCGAUCCGCACAGUCCGGGCAAAUACCGGGUCUGGGGUUCGGUUUCCAAUUCGGACUCAUUUGCCAAAGCAUUCAAUUGUAAGCCAAAGACUACUAUGAAUCCCGACUCCACUUCGAAAUGCAUUCUGUGGUAAACAUAACAAACAUUUUUCAAUUGUCGGUCAAAUACUUACAAUUGAUUUUGCAAAUACAGUA